AUGACCAUGCUCUGUUUUUUUCAAUAUUUCCGUAUGAACCCUACUCAAUACGAAAAUCUUCUUCAUCAAGUGGGACCGUACAUACAAAAGUCAUCCAAGAAGAGGGAGUCAAUUGGUCCAAGCGAACGUUUAAGCGUUACGCUACGUUAUAUAUUUACCGGUGAUGCACAAGUCACGAUAGCAGCUAGUUUUCGUAUAAGUCCCACCAGUAUUGGACAAAUUAUAAACGAAACAACUGUUGUAAUAUGGGAUGUUUUAAUGCCAUGUCCUGGAACAGAGGAACAAUGGAAGCAAAUCGCUAAUGAUUUUGAAAUGAAGUGGCAAUUUAAGCACUGA